CUCUCUCUCUCUCUCUCUCUCCCUCCCUCGUUUAAAUCCACUCUGUUUGGGUUGAAGUUAAAAUGCGGAAGUUUCCGCCCAGCAAAGCCGCUGAUACCGCGAAGAUGAGGCUCGCGAUGGCAUCAGCGAUCAUCCCCGCUCCGUGCUGCUCUCCGCGGCUCUGCGUGGACUGAGAUCAGACUCGCAUGGCUUCUCUGCCAGCGUCAGAGCGGAGAGCAUUCGCUCUCAAAAUCAACAGACACUCCUCGGCAGAGAUCCGGAAACACUUCAGUGGGACCAGCCAUGGUUCCUUGCCUCACCACCGGCACAGUCACAGCGCCUCUGGCUCUUUCUGCUUCAACAUACCUCAGUCAUAUGAAGCAGUCGAGCCGGUGGACCUGGAUGAGUUCCUGAUGUCACAGCUGCGCAGUGGAGAUGCUGAGCUCAUGCAGGAGCUGGGGGAGUUUCCUGAUGAUGACCUGGAGGUGGAGCUGGUGGAGAGGGAAUGCAGGACCAUCCGCCCCUCUGUCCCUGAGGAAGGAGUGGAGCUGGAUCCCCAUGUGAGGGAUUGUGUUCAGAGUUACACGCAGCCCUGGCUGGUGGUUAGCAGAAGAACUCAGGGUUAUGGAUGGAUUGCGUACUCUGAGAGGACGGAUGCUAACAGAUUAUUACAGAGACAGAUGUUUGAGUUUGACGUUCAGCCUGACAAACAAGAGCAACUAGAAAAGUCACCGUCCCUGGCAGAACUAUGUGAUGAUACAACUAGGACAACCCUCACAUGCUCAGACUUCAACUUACGGGCCCUGCAGCCGGACCGUCGUGUGGAGAACCUCUUGCGCUUCAGCAGCCCUGAGGAGCUGGAUCGUUUCAACCUGGAGGCCAGAAAUAGCAACCGCUAUGGCGAGCUCUUCGGCCUUUACCCACCCAUUGAUGAGGAGGAUGCAGUAGCAAUUCGGCCCAUUCCCGACUGUCCCAAGGAGCACUUUGGGCAGAGGAUACUAGUGCGAUGCCAGACCAUCAAAUUUGACAUUGAAAUUGAGCCCCUCUUUGCAACCAUGGCCCUAUAUGACCUGAAAGAGAAGAAGAAGAUUUCAGAGAACUUCCACUUUGACAUAAACUCAGAUCAGAUGAAGGGUUUUCUGCGGGUCCACACUCCACACACUGACGCCUCCACUUUGGCCAGAUCUGCAGUUUUCUCCAUCUCCUACCCCUCUCCAGAUAUCUAUCUGGUCAUUAAGAUCGAGAAGGUUCUUCAGCAGGGAGAGAUCGGGGACUGUGCUGAACCAUAUAUGGUACUGAAGGAGAAUUUAAUGAUGCUGAAAAUAAUCGAGAAGGUUCUUCAGCAGGGAGAGAUCGGGGACUGUGCUGAACCAUAUAUGGUACUGAAGGAGAGUGAUGCUGCUAAGAACAGAGAGAAGCUGGAGAAGCUGAGGAAUCAGGCGGAGGGGUUUUGUCAAAGGCUGGGCCGCUACAGGAUGCCAUUCGCCUUUGCCACGGUCAACAUUAUGAGUGCCAUCAACUCCACACUGGAACGAGACACAAGUGACACAGACAGUAUCAAUGGCAAGGGUACUAUGGAAAAGAAGGGAUUGCCCAGACGGAACUCUGACAGAUUCAGUGUGAUGGAGGACAACUAUAUCCUGUCUGGCUUCAAACCAGCUGUCCCUAUGUGCACAUUCAUUAAGCAGGAAGGAGAGCGUCUGAGUGACGAGGACCUGUUCAAGUUCCUGGCGGAAAUCAAGAGGUCGUCCAAUCAGCGACGUGUUAAAAUCAUACCUGGUUAUCUGAAACUGGAAGUGUCUCUAGUGCCGGAGACGGUUCCUGGGUGUCUGUCCCCCGAACUGAUUCCAGUGAAACCCGUGUCUGAGAAAAAUCCACGGGCAGUUAAAGAAGUGCUGGAGUUUCCUUCCAGUGAAGUCUAUGUGCCUCACAAUAUAUACCGGAACCUGCUGUAUGUGUAUCCUCUGAGGUUGAAUCUUACUAACCGUUUGACUUCAGCCAGAAACAUUACGGUUAAAAUCCAGUUCAUGAGUGGUGAGGACCCUAGCUGCGCAAUGCCUGUAAUCUUUGGAAAAUCAAGCGGCCCUGAGUUUCUUCAAGAGGUCUACACUCCAGUCACAUACCACAACAGGUCUCCUGAUUUCUAUGACGAGAUAAAGAUUCGUCUUCCAGCCCGUUUAACAGAGAAACACCACUUACUGCUCACCUUUUACCAUAUCAGCUGCCAGCAGAAACAGAACCAGACUGGAAGUGUGGAGAGUCUCAUUGGAUAUUCAUGGUUACCCAUGCUGAACAAUGACAGGCUGCAGACUGGGCAGCAGUGUCUGCCAAUCAUUCUGGACAAACUUCCUGGGAACUAUUCCCUGCAUUCCCCAGAGAAACUGCCAGCUCAGGUACCUCCUGUUAAGUGGAUGGAGAAUCAUAAGGGACUGUUCAACCUUGAGCUACAAGCUGUGUCCUCAGUCCAAACACAGGACAGUCACUUGGAGCGUUUCUUUACUCUGUGUCACGCCCUGGAGGGCAAGACCACAUUCCCUAUCCGAUUGGGAGAUGAGAAAAUUUCUGAAAACAUGUUUGAGCACGAGCUGAAGCUCAGCAUCAUCUCGCUGUCGUCCUCCGGCUUGGAACCGCUGGUGCUUUUUCUCCAUCAGGUCCUCGACAAGCUCUUCCGUCUCAUCAUGCAGCCCAUGGUCAUCGCUGGACAGACUGCAAAUCUGGCCCAGAUUGCAUUUGAGUCAGUGGUGUCGGUUGUCAAUAGCCUUCACAACAGUCAGGAGCUGGCAAAGGACCAUCAGGGCAGAAACUGUCUCCUAGCAACAUACCUGUACUUUGUGUUCCGCUUGCCAGAUACACAACAUGAAAUCCACACCACAGGCACAGGAGGUCUGAUGGCUCACCCAGAGAGUCGAUACAGCACUCUGACUCGCGCCACGGCUAACACGGUCGGAUUCAUGCUGCUCCAGUCACGGAUUCGUUCCACCAGCAACCCUGAUAUACCAGCACCGCAGAGCCCAGAGGACACAGAGGUCGCAAACAUUCUAGGAAAGGGUUUAAAUCUUCCUGGCAGUCGCAUGACAGCAGCUGGAAACGUCUCCAAUACUUCACAAAGCUCCACGGGAAGCACACGGCCCACGAACAGAAAGUUGUUUCAUGAGGAGCUGGCUCUUCAGAUGGUGGUCAGCACUGGAGUCUGCAGAGAGAACGUCUACAAAUCCACCUGCAUGAUCUUUGUCCAGACGGGGAAAACUACCAACAUGUUGACAGCAGAGACCAGUCGCAAUCUGCUCAUGUGUUUCCUGUGGAUUAUCAAGAAUGCAGACCAGAAUCUGGUCCAGCGCUGGACUGUGGACAUGCCUUUAUCUCAGCUGAGCCGUCUGCUGGAACUCCUCACCAUCUGCAUCUCCUGCUUUGAGUACAGGGGGAAGCAGAGUUCUGAUAAGGUGAGCACCCAGGCCCUGCAGAAGUCUCAGCAGGCUAAGGUGCGUCUGGAGGAGGCUCUGUUGGGAGGAAUCGGAGCCAGAGGACAAAUGAUGAAAAGGGUGGGAGGUAACGACCGGACGCUGGGACAGAGAGAGAACCUACGCUGGAGGAAAGACCUUACACAGUGGCGCCAGACAAACGACAGGCAGGACAAAUCCAAAGCAGAGCUGGAUCAGGAGGCCAUAAUCAGUGGUAACCUGGCAACUGAGACCAACCUCAUAGUCCUUGACCUGCUGGAGAUGAUCGUACAGGCAGUUCCUCUGGCGGACUGUAAGGAUAAUGUGGUUGGUGGAGUGUUGAAAGUUCUGCUGCACUCUCUCACCUGUAAUCAGAGCACCACCUUCCUGUCACACUGUUUCAGCACCCUACGGGCUCUCAUAGUUAAGUUUGGUGACCUGUUGUUCGAGGAGGAGGCCGAGCAGUGUGCAGACCUGUGUCAGAAGGUUCUUCAUUACUGCAGCAGCUGUGUGGAUGGCAACAGGAGUCAGGCUUGUGCUACUCUGUACCUGAUCAUGAGAUACAGCUACAACUCUGCUAGUGGCGGGUUGUACGAGGCGGUUAAUGAGGUGUACAAGGUAAUCGUGCCUAUACUGGAGGCCCACAGAGAUUUUCGGAGGCUCGCUUCCACACAUGACAAGCUCCAAAGGGCUUUUGAGAACAUCAUUCAAAAGGGUCACAAGAGGAUGUUUGGAACCUACUUCCGCGUGGGAUUUUAUGGCUCUAAAUUUGGAGACCUGGAUGAGCAAGAAUUUAUCUACAAAGAGCCAGGAAUUACCCAUUUACCGGAGAUAUCCCACCGGCUCGAGAACUUUUACAGUCAGUGUUUCGGAGAUGGAGUUUUGGAAAUGAUUAAAGAUUCCACACCAGUAGACAGGAAGAAGCUGAAUCCCAACAAGGCGUACGUACAGAUUACCUUUGUGGAGCCUUACUUUGAUGACUAUGAGAUGAAAGACCGCCUCACCAAUUUUGAGAAGAACUUCAACCUUCGUCGUUUCAUGUACACUACUCCGUUCACAAAGAGUGGGCGGCCCCGAGGGGAACUCAACGAGCAAUACAAGCGGAAAACUAUCCUAACCACCAUGCAUGCCUUCCCCUACAUCAAGACACGGAUCAACGUCAUUCAGAAGGAGGAGUUUGACCUCACUCCCAUUGAGGUGGCCAUUGAGGACAUGCAGAAGAAGACUAGAGAGCUGGCUGAAGCCACACACAGAGAGAAGCCGGAUGCUGUGAUGCUUCAGAUGGUUCUGCAGGGAUCUGUCACAGCCACCGUCAAUCAGGGUCCAUUGGAGGUGGCCCAGGUCUUCUUGAAUGAAAUCCCAGCAGACCCCAAGCUCUUCCGUCAUCACAACAAACUGCGUUUGUGUUUCAAAGAGUUCAUACUGCGGUGUGGAGAGGCCAUUGAGAAGAACAAGCAACUCAUUACUCCUGAUCAGAAGGAGUACCAGCAGGAGAUGAAGAAAAACUACAACAAACUGCGAGAGAACCUGAGGCCCAUGCUGGAGAGAAAGAUCCCUGAGCUCUACAAGCCCAUCAUCAAACCUCGCAUUGAGAAUAGAGAUUCCUUCAAACGGAACAGCCUCCGUCGGACACAAGAUGAAAAUUCAUGAUGUCAAGAGAACGUCUCUAGAGGAUAUCAAGGGAAGGAUGUUGCAGUGUGCCAGGAAACGAGCUCCGUCAGCUGAUAAUUAGAUGACUCGAGGAGAGUUUCAUGCACAGUGUUGAAACCACUGAAGAUAUCAUUGUUGUAUUCUGUAUUACUGUAUAUAUGGAAUAGAUUUUAAGGGAUGUGGAACUUAAUUGUAUUUGCUUAUAAUUGUUUUUAGAACAAAAACCUCAG